UGGGUGGCCCCGGUGGCCCCGGUGGCCCCGGUGGCACUGGUGGCACUGGUGCAGUGUCCCCCCGCAGGCCCUGCGGUCCCCCCUGCGCCCGUGGCUGUCACCAGCUUCGUGGGGCCUGAGCCCCGGGACCUGCUGCCCGCCGAGCAGGAGCUGAGCAGCCCCAGCAGCGCCAGGGGGGGGCCGGGCCAGGAACUGGGCUGGGCACAGGACUCCUCCCCGUUCGCGGUGGAGCUGCCGCGGGGCCCGGGCGGGUUCGGGUUCAGCCUCCGGGGGGGCCCCGCCGGGGUUUUCGUGCGGGGGCUGCGCGAGGGGGGCCCGGCCCAGCGCUGCGGCUGCAUCCAGGUCAGUGACGAGCUCCUGGCCAUCAACGGGGCCCCCACGGCCGGCAUGAGCCCCGCGCAGGCGCUGGCCCGGAUCCGGGGGGGGGGCAGCCGCCUGCGCCUGCUGCUGCGCCGCCCCCACGGUGAGACCCCCCCCGGGACCCCGGGGCAGGGUGGGAACGGCCCGAAGGGACACCCCAGAGACCCCCGAGGCACUGGGACGUCCAGGGACCGCCCCCCAAAACGCAGCUGGACAAAACACCCCCCUGCCAGCGCAGUGGUACAGCCCAGGGACACCCCAAAACACACCAGUGAACCCCAAUCCCCCCCAGAUCGGGUGGUAGAGCCCACAGCCCCCCAAAACACACCGGUGUACCCCAGUCCCCCCCAGAUCGGGUGGUACAGCCCCCCAAAACACAGCUGGACAAAUCACCCCCCUGCCAGCGCAGUGGUGCAGCCCACAGCUCCCCCAAACUCAGCAAGACACCCCAGUGCCCCCCCCACCGGCAGAGUGGUACAGCCCAGCCGC